AUGUCUCUUCUUCGAUCUCUUCUUCUGGUUGUCAGCCUAGCGGCGAUCAUCUUUGCAGCUGAAGAUGAAGUAGCACCAGUCAACCCAUUAUUCCAGGUUUUAUCGCCCUCGCCUUCACUUUCAACUUCAAACCAAGGCGCUGAUAUUGCAAGCGGUGAGCGCGAAGACAAUGUAGGCGCCAGUGGUUCACUCAAAAUAGGUGGCUCUCUAGCUGGUGGCGUCUCUGAUGAUAAAGAUAGCAACAACCAAAAUGGACAAGAUGUUUCUAAUAUCGAACAGUUGAGUAUUGUGUCACCAGCCGUUGAACCUGUAAGCUCUGUCAAGCUAGUGAGUGUUGCUGAGCCAGCAACCUCUGCUGAACCGGCAGACGCUCCUGAGACUGUAAAGGUUGUCGAGUCUGUAGCAAACACUGCUGAGCCUGUAAGCAAUGCCGAACUUUUAGUUAAGGCUGCCGAGCCUUUAGUAGAGGCUGUUGAGCCUGCAGCAAAGGCUGUUGAGCCUGUAGUAAGCAAUGCCGAACCUGUAGUAAAGGCUGCUGAGGCUGAAAUCAAUGCUGAGCCUGUAAAAAUCACUGCUGAACCAGCAAGCACUGCCAAACUAAGCCCGAUCGAACCAGUAAGCUCUAUCGCAUCAGUGCCCGUAAUCGUGGCUGAGAAGGUAGAAACAUCUGCUCCCUCCGAGGAUCCUAUUGCCAUUCCCGAACUCCGAGGCUCUUUCACUCCUGUUAAAGCCUUCAGUUCUGCAUCAGUAUACACUAAACCAAUAUACGUAGCACCGGUGGUUAAAGUCAACCCUGGAAAUUAUGACUACAAAUACGGUCUCAUGCGCUAUGAAAACGAGUAUAUCCCAGAAGGAUAUCGUUACCUUUAUGAAACUGAAAACAAAAUAGCUGCCGGGGAAGAAGGACAUAUUGAGAGAAUUGAUAAUGAAAGAAGUGGUAUGAAGGCUAGGGGAUUCUACGAAUUCGUCGCCCCCGAUGGAGUUACCUACAGGGUGGAUUAUACAGCCGAUGAGCGUGGUUUUAUACCUCAAGGCGCUCACUUGCCU